GACACAUAACACAUAAUUACAUGGAUCCAAAACCACAUUUAUGGCUUGCAUGGUCUUUGGAUUCCCUGCCCCUGAAAAUGACUUAUUGUUUCUGAAUUUUCCGAUCCACACUGCCAGUAGUACGUAGACUGGUACAAUAUAUGACUAUCCAUCUAUCCAUCCAUCAGUGAAAUGGGAUUGAAUCCAUGGCAUGUGGCUUUUGAUAGGGGUGUUCAAAUGGUUAUUAUGGUAAUUACAAAAUCAAAUAAGUCUAAAUGUUAUUAACCAUGAAAGACAAUGUUAUAACUAAACCGUCCAAACUAAUACGACAAAAAAAUUAACCAAACUAAUAAAGUUUAAUCAAUUUGGUUAAUUGGUUAACUAAAAUUAUCCAUAUACCAUAACAUUAUCAUUAAUUACAGGAAAGAGGGGCAAUGGAGUACACUAUUGUAGUAGCCGAAACGGCGGAUUCUCCGGCUACAUUACAAUACCUUGCUCCUUAUACAGGAGCAGCUCUGGCCGAAUAUUUUAUGUAUCGUAAACGACACACUUUAAUCAUUUAUGAUGAUCUCUCCAAACAAGCGCAGGCUUAUCGUCAAAUGUCUCUUUUAUUACGAAGUGAGAAAAUUUUAUGGUUAGAGCAUCAAUUCGCACACAUAACGAUCAACCCAAAAUUAUAGUUAACCCUUAACAUAUAUACAUGUAACUAAUACAAUUAUCUUACAUUUUACUCUUGAGUGGUUAUGCAAAGUAUUAAGUAUGUUUUUAUAAUAUAUUAGAUAUUUAGCUAAUUACGUAACUGGUUAAUUUGGUUUGAUCGGUUAGGAGUGUCUGAAACCAAAUCAAACCACCUAAACCAAACAAGCUAAAAAAAUUAAACAAACCAAACCAAACCAAUUAUCCAAAUUAACUAAACCAAAUUAUCCAAAUACUACCGGUUAAAACGAUUACCACGAUAACCACACCGUUUGAACACUCCUGCGCCCCUUCGUUAAUGUUGAUAGCGAUUGCAGCUGCAGAAACCAUGGUCCAUGGCACAUUAGACUGGACUGUGGUUUUUGCCAUUCCGGAAAUGGCGGAGGUGAAUCCAUUUCUACUGUUUCAGGGUCUCAGAAUAGGAGGAGAUUAGUGAUAAUUGUGGGCCGUGGGAAAAGGAAAGGAAAUGGUUGCCUAAACAGUGGACUCAAACUCAAUCCUUCAUCUUUGCCAACAAGUGAUUGUGGAAGGGGAAAAUCAUGGAAAGUUUUUUUUUUUUUUUUUUGUCUGGAUUUAUUGUUUAUAAGAGGUGUCAAAUAAAUUGGAUUGAUGAAUGUAUGGAUCCAAAAAACAUUAAGUAUUGGAUCAUUAUGAAAACACCCUAAUGAAAUUUCUGGGUUCGCCACGGGUGGGUACCAUUUUGAAUAUCGUGAGGUAUGAUUUUCUGUACAAAUAAAUUUAAAUUUUGACUUUAUCCGAAAGAAAGUCAAUAACCAACCUUAGAUUGUUAUGUAUUUACAUCACUAAAUUCAUCUGAGGUUAUUUCACCCGACACUCUGACAGUACUAGGAGAUAUUGAAGCUACCUUCGUGCAUGGUUCAAAGGGAAAUUCCCAGGUUUCCAGGUUCAUUAUUGCGAAAUUCCAGAGGAGAGUAACAAACAUCAAUAUACGAAAUGCGAAUCAGUCUAUUCUCCAACUCAAUUCAAUCACUCAUUGGGCUCAAGUGGAAUCACAGGCCCAACCAGGCAAAGCCCUUACAAGUUACAACUAAGUCUCCCCUAGAGCCCACGGUCGCUUCUUCGGUACGAAAAGAGGGGCCGGAACACGCGGAGCCGAUCAGAGCUGCGGCUCUGCAACUUAGGCGUAGUUUGGAUGAGUAGUUGUGUAACGAGUUAGUAUAAAAGUGGAAUUUCUCAUAAAAUAAGAAAGUGGUAUUUGUGAGUUAUUUCACAAUAACUACCUCUAUGAGGUUCUGACAAUAACUCAUUAAUGAGUCAUUUCAAAUUAACUCAAGUACAAAUAACUCAUCACCAACGUUUGUAGACAACCAAUUUAUUUGCACCCAAAUAACUCAAAAUGAGUUAUUUGGGUGCAAAUAACUCAUACGAAUGACUCAUCCAAACGACUCUUUAAUAAAUUCAAAGGAAGGACAGAGUAUGAAUGUAAAACAGAGAACGCAAAAAGGAAAGUGGGAAGAGAGACACCGAUUUUGUGUUGGGGAUGUGUCCCUUCAUGAAAAUUAGAAUAUUGGUUCGGUCGGUCUAAUCCCAAACCGGUUGGUCGGUCCAACCCAAAACUGGUUUGACUUGGUUAGUCCGGUUCAACCAAAUUUCCAAUUAUUUAACUUUACCGUUCUGACCAUUCGAAAACCGCUCAUUCCAGCCGCUCCAAUUAUUUAACUUUACCGAGCCAAACUGGUGGUUGGGUGGCGGUUAAACCGAUCCAACCGCCGUCUGGCUCGGUCUUGAUAACACAUAUCAUCUUCAGGGGAUGAAUGGUGUGAGGCCUUGGCUUCUUCGUUAUCGGAUCUGGAAGUAUUGAUCAUGUGGUCCUGCCUCCUUUCAACCCUAUUCACCCCUCCCUCUCAAAUCUUCAAUCCCUCUCGAUUGUUCGUUUGGAUCAAAAUGAUCUCUUCUUUCAGUCCCUGAUUUCUUUGUAGAUUUCACAAACUUUACUGUCCUGACCCUAAGCUCAUGCCUUCUUUCAGGAACCCUGCAAAGAUACUGCGAAUUCUGGGACUGGAGAGUGUUGACUAACCUAUCAAAUAACUACUUGCUUGAAGUCAAGUUUCCAGAUUUCACUCAGAAUCAGUACUCUAUGUUGCAGACUCUGAUACUCAGCAACACCAGCUUCUCAGGGGCAUUGCCUUUGCCCUUGAAAACCCAUGGCAGGUUAUCAAGGAUGGAUCUUUUGGGAUGCUAUUUCAGUGGACCAAUUCCAAGGUGGCUGGAGAAUCCAACUGAACUGGAGUAUUUGGAUUUUUGGCACAACGAUUUCACAAAGGCUAAUGAUAUCACUAUUGCUGCUUAAGACUCUAAUACACCUAGACUUAUCUUACAACCAGUUAGCGGGUGACAUACCGGCUCACUGGGAAGGCUUUCAGAAAUUCGAGUAUGUUGACCUUAUCCACAAUUCAUUCAGCGGAAGCAUCCCUUUGUCUUUGUUCUCCAUUUCAUCCCUGCAGAAGAUUUAUCUCUCCUUCAACCAACUCAAGGAUCAAGCUCUAGACUUUUCUUAUGUUGCUUCUUUAGUGCUAGACACUUUGGAUUUGAGUGGCAACAAUUUGGAAGGUCUUAUUUUGCGUUCCAUCUUUGGACUUGGAACACUGAAAGUCCUCCUACUUUCAUCCAAUAGAUUCACUGCAACUGUGCCCUUGAAAUGGUUCCAAUCCCUUUGAAAUUUCGACGCUCUUGAUCUUUUAUACAACCGCAUGACAGUGGAUGUAAGUGUCUUCACCAACUCUACCUUAUUGUCCAUUUUCCCUCAGUUUCGGAUUUUGAAACUGACAUGGAGCAAUUUGGGAAUGUUUCUGGAGUUUGACAACCAAUCAAGUCUGAAGGAGCUAGACCUUUCGAGAAACAACAUUGGUGGGGUGGAUUCUGGAAACAACUACACUGACUCAUCUCAAUCUAUCACACAAUCGCCUCGUCGAGGCACCAACAUCUCUACUGUGUCUUGUUUCUGUCUUGGACAUGCAUGAUAACCAGCUUCAAGGAAAGUUUCCAAUGGUUUCGUCAAGAUCUAUCAUCCACUACGUGGACUACUCUCACAACUUUUUCAAUGGUUCAAUUCCACCAGAAAUGAGAAAUUAUCUCACAUAUUCGGUGUUUUUCUCAUUGUCCAACAAUCGCCUUGUAGGAGCUAUCCCUACAAGUAUUUGUGAUGCUCCAUUUCCCAAAGUCCUUGAUUUGUCAAACAACAAUUUGAACGACACAAUUCCAAGUUGUUUAGUAAACUACGAGGUGCUUAGUGUCUUAAUUUUGAAGGAAAAUAAGCUCAGUGGCAGCAUACCUGGUACAUUUCAUGGUUCCUGCUCGCUAAGGAAUCUUGAUUUCAGUGGGAACCGGUUACAGGGAAGGAUUCGAAAAUCUCUGCAGAACUGGCGAACAAGAAAAUCUCAGACAUCUUUCCUUGUUUCCUGGGUAACAUCUCCAAUUUGUAUGUCAUUAUCCUGAGGAACAACCUCUUCGAGAUACUUGGCAAAAGCUUCACAUCAUCGACAUAGCUUUCAAUAAUUUUUUUGUUGCAUAAAUGAAAACUACCUAGCCGACUGGGUAGCAGUCAUGAGAGAUGGAAAUGAAAAGCUUGAUCACCUCAAAUAUGAGGCCGACUUUCUUGCUCGAGUGGAUUAUCGAGAUUCCAUAUUUGUUACCAGCAAGAGCCUUGAAAUGGAACUAGUGAAGAUCCCGACGAUAUAUAAAUUCCUUGAUUUCUCAAGCAACAGUUUUGAUGGGUCGAUACCAGAAACCAUAGAAAAGUUCACAUGACUCUACUUCAUUAACAUCCCCCGUAAUGCUUUUAAGGGAGAGAUUCCAUCAAUCUUCGGCAACCUGUCACAUCUGGAGUAGGUAGAUCUCUCCGACAACAAUCUCAGUGGUCCGAUCCCGCAACAAUUCUCUGGCUUAACAUUCCUUUCAGUUCUCAACCUAUCAAAUAACAAUCUAGCUGGAAGCAUCCCUACGUGUAGGCAGCUGCAGAUAUUUGACAAUACUUCAUACCAAGGUAAUCCAGGUUUAUGUGGUAGUCCAUUGGCUAAAACUUGUUCAGAUAGCGGUACCUCACGAGUCGGCGUCAACUACAUGAAAUCCGGUACAGGAAUUCAUGGAUCCCCUAAGUCUAGAAUUAGGAUUUACGUUUGGGUUAGGUGGUAUUAUUUUACCCGUGCUGCUCUGGCCAAGCUUCAGAAUUCAGUUUUGGCCGCAGAUUGAUUCGCUCAUUGCCAGAAAGUUCCCCAUGUUGUAUGAUAAAGAUCAUAGAAAUCGCCUCUAGCAAAGGCGUCGUCGACUUGGCUGCAAAUGGUGACACCUCAACCGUGUCGCUGUGAUAUUUAUAGUGUUUGAAUGUUAUAGUUCUUGUUUUUAAUAAGACAUGCUCAUUUGC